AUGGAGACGGAGGCGGACUGCCACAGCUCCUUGUCCUCGCACCAUCAGCAGCCUGCCACCGACACAGAACGCGCCGGCGCCGCGGGGCCAAAGGCGUGCGCAACGUGCCGUCUGGCCCACGUCUCUUGCGACCGGAACCAGCCGUGCGCGCGGUGCAUGCGGCUGGGCAAGACCGACAGCUGCCAGCCGUCGCCCACGCGCAAGCGCGGCCGCCCACGCAAGGCCCCAUCCGACGAACAACCACCAGUAAGGCACCACCAACCACAACUGAGCAAGCGCGCCUGCAUUCGGCCCACGACGACCAACGCUGUGGUAAUGUCUGACGACACCACCACCUCCUGCCAACACCUGCCGUCACUGCAGCUCUGCCCUACAACGACAGCCAACUCAGCAUCGCCAACCACCACCACCACCACCUACGCUGGCUCCACUUCGCUGCCUUCGUCGUCGCCGUCGCGGUCAUCGUCAUCACCAGCAGACGAGGGGUGCGCGUCGUUUUCACAGCCCGAGGCGAGGUCUCUUCCCGGCCACCAGCGAUUCGCGCCGGCGGCGGGCCAGAAGCAGGAGCAGGACUCACAGGGGCUGCGGUCGCUGCUGAUGCUGGUGGUGGACCAGAUGCGCGAGAUGCGGCGCGAGAACGAGCGACUGCACGACACCAUCGCCCAGCUGUGCACCACACAGAAGGAGACCGAGCGCAGGCUGGCGCGCAUGGAGCAGGAUUACCAACCAUCAAGCUCACGCAGACACGCAUGGAGCUGGAGCUCAACCAGAAGAGCGACCACCACGCCACAACCCACCGACUUGACCACUACCUCGGCACAGUCGUCGUCUUGGUGCGUUGGCGUGCCGCACGUCGCGGCCGCGGCGCCCACGACGUCGCGAGCCGAAGUAGAGCGGUUCAUCGCGCAGACGCUUCCGUUUCUGCGGGCGUUCGAUCAGUCUUCGCUCAUCAUCCGCGACUUGCAACGUCCAUUCGUCGUCAUGCACAUGAACGAGGUCGAGACGCUGGACGACCUGAUGCCCAUCAUCGUGUACGCGUCACCGUCCCUGUGCAGCCUCCUCGGCUACAACUCCUUUGAGCUGCACGGCUCGCCGAUAGCUUCGUUCGGCUUCGCGGACCAGGAGUUUUUGCCAAUGUUCGUGGAGAUAGCGCUGACGCCGUCGCCCACGCCCGUCGGCCUGCCCCUCGGGGCGACCGGCGUCUUUGACACGAAAGACGGGCGCAGCGUGCGGGUGUCCACCACGCACCAAGUCCUCUACAGCCAACGACAGAUGGUUGACAAGGUUCUAGAGUCGGCACCGCUCACGACGCCGGGCCUACGUGUCGUAAACGACCCCACUGCCCGAGCGAUUGCCCGAGCGCACCUGCUCACGCGGCUGCCGCAUUCGCUGCUCUUUGAGCUCCGCGGCCGCGGCCGCGAGUUGACAACCACCACCCAACUGCCCGAUGCCGCACACCACCACCGAGAUUCGCACCAUUGCCUCCACCACCACCAGGCGUUCGUCGAGCCGCUAACGAGCCAGCAGCAAGACGAUGUAGGGGCGAUGCAGCCUGAACUACGGGCAGAUGCCGAACUGGAGGAGCUCAUUCGGGUACUCGGGUCGCCGAGCCAGGGCAGCGGCGGCCGGGUGCGUUCGCCGCAGAUGACGAUGGGCUUCACCUCGCGCCCGCCACCCACGCCCUCCAGUCUCGCCGAGCGAUGGAUGCGCUGA